UUUCUAUGGGCAGAGCGCGAACACACCACCGGUCCUCCUUGCAGAGCGCCAGCCACUUAGGUAUGUGUUUAUCUGGUAACUAACAUGAGGCGUUUAGUACAGAGAUAGAUUUUAAGACGGAAAGCCUCUGUACGUCGUGUUUCUUCACCGGAGAGCACUCCCCUUUUUCUGCCUGGCGUUUUGUUUGAGCGGAAAGCCUGCCGUGGAGCGGUUGUCACACAGGCCGCGGAUCGGGUCUUGUUGCUGGGAGGAGACCAUCCAGACUCGCCUCCCUGUUAGCAUUAUUAGCUGGCUACGAUGCACCGCUGCUGCUGGUGUAUUUUCUACACGGCAGGCCACUGUAAAGCGAGGCAGGACCUUGGAUAACUGUUUAUACCAACGGAACUGGAGGGUGACUUGGAGAAACACCACACCUUUCAAGGAUGGAUGUUGAUUUAUGUGCUGGCGGGGACAGCACCAGAAGAAAAGUGGACUUGGCUGGAGUUUCGGACGUCACAAUGGACGUCGUACCAUUGGAGAUGUACGAUUCUGCCAGAGCAAAAAUAGCUGCCAACCUGCGGUGGCUGUUUGCCAAAGCAUAUGGCAUUGACCAUAUUCCAGAGGAUUUAAGGGACCCCUUCUACACAGACCAGUACGAGCAGGAACACAUAAAGCCGCCUGUCAUCCACCUGCUGCUGUCCUGCGAGCUCUACUGCCGUGUCUGCGCCCUCAUCCUCCAGACGGAGCAGGCGGCGUCCCUUCAGUCUCACCUUUCCGUCAUCCAGGCCCUGUCCAGAAAGGGCAUUUAUGUUGUGGAAAGUGACGAUACUCCCGUCACAGAUGAGGACCUGGCCUGUGCGCCCAUCAAAAUGAGUGCUCACAUGCCCAUGAUUGAUGCCCUGAUGAUGGCGUACACAGUGGAGAUGAUCAGCAUCGAGAAAGUGGUGACUUCUGUCAAACGCUUCUCUACCUUCAGUGCCUCCAAGGAGCUGCCCUUUGACCUGGAGGACGCCAUGGUCUUCUGGAUCAACAAGGUGAACAUGAAGAUGAGGGAGAUUGCAGAACGGGAGCAUAAAGUCAAGCACCACCCCCUGGAGUCCCCCAGCCACCAAAAGGUACGGUACCGCCGGGAGCACGCUUCAGGCCGACAGCUGCCCUUCUUCCCUCUGCUGGAGGACCUGAUGAGGGAUGUUUGUGACGGAGCUGCAAUGCUCACUGUGGUCAACUACUACUGCCCGGACCUCAUGAAGCUGGAGGAUAUUUGCCUGAAGGAAGUCCCCUCCAUCGCUGACAGCCUCUACAACAUCAGGCUACUCAAAGAGUUCGCCAACGAGUAUCUGAAUAAAAGUUUCUAUCUGACGUUGGAGGAUAUGCUCUACUCGCCACUUGUGCUCAAGCACAAUGUGAUGGUGUUCAUUGCUGAACUCUUCUGGUGGUUUGAGACCGUCAAGCCCGAGUUUGUCCAGCCCAGAGAUCUCCAAGAGUUCAAAGAUGCUCAAGCUAUAGCUCAGCCCAAGUGUGCCCGCCCGUCAGUGCCUAUCUCCAACGCCACCAAACGCAGCUUCCUGGCUAGCCCUGGUGUGGCCGAUAACCAGAGCAGCCCUGAAGUCUGUAACAGGUACUUCCUGCAUCCCGAAGACUCUGACCCCCUUAAAGGGGGUCCAACCUUCAGUCAGUCCCACCCACUCCUGCCCCUCCGACAGAGGCAACAGAAGCAAGGAGAAGAUGUGGCGGGUGUCAGAAGCCGCUCCAACUCCCUGACUCAGAUGGAAGCACAACCCCGAGGCUCUGUGGUUGCAUGGCCCGACAAGAGGCAGAGACCGAUGUCCACGAUGGGCCCCUACAUGUUCCACUCGGCCACAGACAGUGACGCAGAUGUUGCCUCUGGAGACAGUGUGAGUCUGGCUCGCUCCAUAAGCAAGGACAGCCUGGCGUCCAACGUCAUCAAUGUCACACCCAAACACCAGACUGCUGUGCACCAGCCUUUACAGACUGCCAUGCGCAGAGUGAACGGCCACAGCCUUCUGGGUAAUGUCAACAUUGAGGAUGAGGAGGACAUUCUGGUGGCAGCUGCCAGGACUGAAGCUCCCGUCAUUCCCAAACGGGUCGAAGGGACGCAAACAGCUGCCACAGCGGGACCCAAACCUUCGGCUGAGUCCAAACCCCCAACAGAUAGCUUUUACCUCGAACCACUGAUGCCUUCUGUGAUCAAACCAGCUAAAGAGAAGUCUGUAUGCCUAAACAAGGAGGAAGAGAGUGGCGAGGGGCCGCACUCUUCAUGUAGGGGCUCUCUGCGCCGAGGAGAUGGAUCUACGUCGCCCGUUCGGAGGAAAGCUCCCUCCGGCAUUAACCAAACCUUCAACCCUCCAGGUCAGGAGACAGACCUGUCAGAGGAGCCUCAACAGGCAACAGAUUCCCACCCUGUUGUUACCAGCAGCAUGGACCCCUCGCCCAGAGAGCCAGAGGGGGGCUUCUACCUUCACUCAGAUUCUGAAGAACCAAAACCUAGCCAGGUCCUGGACGCGGAGCUCGAAGACCUGGACGAGGAGGAAGAGGAUCUGGACGAAGCUGUUACCACUAAAGACCCCAACAGGCCAAGCAAAGCCUUUAACGAAGACGAGGAAGAAGAGUCGGCUAAACUCCAAGAGGACAUGAAUGUGAAAGAGCACGAGGACAAAGACAUGAAUGGGGGCAGCGGCCGCUCCAGCCCCUGCCUCAGCGCUCACUCCCAGGCCAGCAGCAGCGUGCGCAUGACCUCCUUCGCCGAGCGCAAAGCGCAGCAGCAGCGCUUCGGCAGCAACCACGACCUUCGAUCCAGUGCCUCCAGCUCCCAGAGGACCACUCCCGAUGGGUCAGAGUGCAGCGGGCCCCUGCCGUCCUCCUGGAGGCUUAAAAGGGACCAAAGCCCCUCCUCACCACUGGGAGGAUGCGGCCGUAUAGGCGAUGGUAGCGGCUCUAAUGUACUCUCUUCUGAAAUCAUCCAGCUCCGUAUGCAGCUGGAGGAGAAACGGCGUGCCAUCGAGCACCAGAAGAAGAAGAUGGAAGUGCUGUCGGCGAGGCAGAGGCAGAAGCUGGGGAAGGCAGCCUUCCUGCACAUCGUAAAGAAAGGCAAGAGUGACACGUUACCCAACCCGCUGAAAGCCGACAUCUCUAAAGACGAGCUGGUUCGGGAGAAGGCAGUAUCAAGUAAAGAUGAUAUGUGUGUUGGUGCCCUGACGGGGGCCAAAGAGGUGGCGGGACCACCCCCCCCAUCAGCAGCUUUGGAAGCAGACAAGGUAGCGACCAGCGACAGCUUCCAUCUGGAGGAAGAGUUGGACCUGAAUGAGUGCAGCCGCUCCAUCGAGCUGCUGAACGACGCCAUCGGCAGCAUCCAGCAGCAGAUGAUGCAGCUGUCUCUGCAGCAGGACAAGUUGAUGAAACAGAACGCACACCCCUCGCCUGGCCCUGCUCCAACUCCUCCCGUCACCACGGACAAAAACAGUGACUCUAAGGGGAAGGCAGGCUUCCAGUUCGUGGAGCAUCUCUCCACCUCCAGCACCACGCCCACCAGGAAGCCCCCCAAGCUGACCUCAGCCCGGGGCUCCAGGUCCAAACCAUCAGAGCUAAAGAUCGCUAAGGAGCAGAGCCGGCAGCCCUCCAGGACCCUCACACCCACCCAAAGUGGGUCAGAGACAUUACCACACGUACGGCAGUUAGCUGGGGGCCGGUCCCCCAGGGCCGAGCAGCCCCACAGCCCCAGAACCCCCACAGCAGCAGAGACUAUCGACAGGCCGGGCUCCGGCCACAUCCGGAGCGUUAACUUCCGUCUCCACGACGAGGCCAAUAUCCGCCUGCCGACCCGGGUGGACUUGAAGGCGGUGGCUGCCCCAGAAGUGUCCUUUGAAGAGUUCCUGUCCAGCACCCUGAGGGGGCCCGACCACUCUUCAGACGGGUCAGGCAAGGAGAAUAUACCGUCAGACGAGGGGCAGCGCAACAGAUCCCUCCUGAUCGAGGUGGACCUGUCGGAGCUGAAAGACCCCGAGGAGCAGGAGGCUGCUGUGGACUCCAUGACGGAGGUGGAUGGAGAGCAGAAGUCCGGCAUGGGCUUCUUCUUCAAGGAUGAGGAGAAGGCGGAGGAUGAGCUUGCCAAGAGGAGAGCAGCGUUUCUGCUGAAGCAGCAGAAGAAAGCCAAGGAGGCUCAACUCCGGAAACAACAACUGGAAUCAGAAUCAGAGCUCAAACGAGAUGAAGCCAGACAAAAGGCGGAGGAGGACCGCCUGCGUAAAGAAGACGAGAAGACGAGGCGGGAGCUGAUAAAGCAGGAGUAUCUGCGGAAGAAGCAGCAGGAGGUUUUAGAGGAACAAGGCCUGGUGAAGCCCAAAAUCCCCAAAACCCCCAAACCCAAGCAGAAACACCAACACCGACCCAAGUCUGUGUUCAGAGAGGAAUCCCUCCAAGACAAUCUCUCCAAGUGCCCUUCCACACUUGACAACCUGAGCAGCGCCCAGUCCGGCUCCAGCCUGUCCCUGGCCUCCGCCGCCACCAACGAGGCCGACAGCGUCAACUCUGGAGGGGCGGGCUCUCAGCGCUGUGACUCUGUGGAGUCGGUUCCAGGCAGCCGUAACAACAGCCGAACUGCAGAGAGAGACUGGGACAACGGCUCCACCGCGUCCUCCAUCACUUCCAUGGCUGAAUAUACUGGUCCCAAACUGUUCAAGGAGCCCAGUGCCAAGUCCAAUAAGCCAAUCAUCCACAAUGCAAUCUCCCACUGCUGCCUGGCUGGCAAAGUCAACGAGCCUCAGAAGAACCAGAUCCUCGAGGAGUUGGAGAAGUGCGAGUCCAACCACCUGAUGAUCCUGUUCCGUGACGGCGGCUGCCAGUUCCGGGCGCUCUACUCGUACUUCCCCGACACCGAGGAGAUGCAGAAGCUGACGGGAACGGGACCCAAGAGCAUCACCAAGAAGAUGAUCGACAAGCUGUACAAGUACAGCUCCGACAGGAAGCAGUUCACCGUCAUCCCCGCCAAGACUGUGUCCGUCAGCGUGGACGCCAUCACCAUCCACAACCACCUGUGGCAAGCCAAGAGAGGCACCGUGCCAAAGAAAAGCGGGAAAUAACAGAUAGCCAGUUUCAACCCCUCCCCCCCCCAUCAUCCAAAUCAUCUGACCACCAUCUUGCUUGUUUCCUUAAAUGACUGCAUUGAUGCCAAGCGCACCGCUAUGGACACUGGAGAGCUCGCACUUAUGUCCAUGUGAGGCCCUCUGUAGGUGGGCCCAGACAAAAACAAGGGAAAGGUAUGUGUGUGUGUGGUUGUGUGUGUGUGUGUCACAGGUGGUCGCAUCAACAAGAGGAAUGCUGGCUCAGUUAGUUUUUCUACGAGGAGCACGACUCAAGCAUGUGGCAUUUUGUUUCCUCCAUCUUCCUCGUAUGUGGUGGAUGUUCAUUUUUACAUGAAGUAUUUAUUAGUUCAGCACUGUCAAGAGCUCAGCUGCAGCACUAAAGUCCUUCCUUCUGUCUCGGGAAACAAAAAAGGAGGGGACUUUGGGGGAAUUCUGUCGCUCUUUUAGGGGGAAAUCCGACGGAAGGGACCCUUGUGGGACCGCUCUGCGAAACAACGGACAACAAUCUCUUCCUGCGUGGACUCAAAUCUGUCGAAUCAGGCUGGCAUUGCCGAUUUUGCCUCACCAGGGAUCUCCUAAAACCUGCUGCUCUGAACUGUCUUCUUCUUUUCGUCACGGGGUGGGGGGGCCCCUCGGGGUCUCCCUCAGACAUCCGUUGGCCUUUCACGCAUCGUGGUACUACCGCCUAUUUAUUCGACCGCUUUUUAAACUAGACGCUGAUCGUGUAGCACUGGAUAUGUGUAUAGCAUUGAAAACAAAGUCAUUUUAAAUACUUUUUAUUUGUCAAAACAUCCUUUUUCUUCAAGGGUGUCAUAAGAGGGAGAAGGAUAGGUUUUGGUACAGAAAGGAUGAUUCUUUUUUUUUUUUUUGCUUCAGCGGUUUUUAUGAUUGCAGCAACGUGGUAAAGAGCUGAUGUUAUGUGUUUUUAUCAUAACGGGAAUUCUCUGAUGUUUAGAGCUUAGUUGUGUUUUCUCUCUCCACUGGGCACUCUCUGAUUGUCCUGUAUAAAGGUGCACUCAUGAACACUUGUCGACGGCUUCUGUCAUGCAAUGUAAACCCCCGCCCCCCCCCCCCCCCCCCUCCUGGGUGUUUUUGUCGGCCUGUCCCAUCCUCUACCACGAGAGCGGGACAGACUUGUUGGGGAGGGUGUUUUCUCUCCGCUCCGUUCAUACUUGGGAUGACAGUAUUUGAUAUAUCCACAAAGGGUUUGUGUGUGUGUGGGGGGGGGGGGGUUCAGUUCUGUACCAACAUUAAAGAACAUUCCUCUAAGGUGUGGACAAACACUGCCACGUCGUCUCUCUUCUCUCUGUAAAUCUAAGUGCUUUUUGAACCAUUUGUUGGCCUGGAGAUCAACCAGAAGUGUUGCACGAGCACUUUACUUUCUGUUUGUUGGGGAAUCUUAGCUUUCUGAAUGGGCAUGAAAACUACAAACUCAUCGAUAACACUGCUGUCGUAAAAUGUGUUCAAACUAAACCAAACACUAAGAGUGAAUACUGACAUGUAAAGCUGAUACUACUGCUGUCUCCAAAAACAGAAACUUGAUUUCUCAUUUGCUGCAUUGACUUGUUUUUAGGUGGCAGAUCUGUAAUUGUAUGCAAGUUUCUUUUCAUGUUAACUAAACGAUUGUACUGGCAUUUGGUCACCAACUUUGUUACACUAGUGUACUUUUCAUCUUUGUUGAUUUUAUCUUUGAUCCCAUGCCAUCUAUUUAUUUAAAAAAAUGGAAGCACUGAAACAAUAAAUGUUCAAGUGAAUAAAAGUCACAUCUUUCAUUUUAA